AUGACCGACACUGAACUGGCAGUUUUUGUGACGUCCUUCCCAUUUGUUCCGAUGUUGUUGCAGUCUGCUUCUGUUUGGUCUACUGUAUGUCUUCAGUUUUACUGCUGUUUACACAUCGUUACUGAAUGUCCUUGUCAAAGCAUUGUGAUUCUGUCUGGUUCUGUGUCUGUAGUCAGGUCUGAAUGGAGUACCCUGUUGUGUGUCUGCGUGUUUAUAUUCAGGUCUAUACAACAGUACUUGUCACCACUAAUCAAGAGUUCUGUCGUUUAUAGUUUUGUGUUUUUAUAUCCAGUGGUUAACAUGAUGCUUUUUUUUUUCUUUCACCACAUGUAA